AUGCCGGCUCCCCCUGCCUCGCUCCCGCCCCUGCCGGCUGGGGCGGCAUCCCAGGCGCCUGAGCCCGCCCGCCGGCCCGGGGCCCCCGCCGGCCUGGACGCGCCCCCUCGGCCCCUCCCCGGACCCCGCGCGGCCUCCCGGCAUGCACCGCCAGGUCCUCCCCGAGCCAGCGAGCGCGCGCCGGCUCUCUCCUUCCCGGCGCGCUCGGCGGGCGCGGAGGUCGGCCGGUGGGCGCUGCGCGCGGAGGGCACGGCGGCGGACAUGCGGGCCCCUGCGCUCUGGCCGGCGCUGGCCGUGCUGGCGGCGGCCGCGGGCUGCGCGCGGGCGGCCAUGGACGAGUGCGCGGACGAGCGCGGGCGGCCGCAGCGCUGCAUGCCCGAGUUCGUCAACGCCGCCUUCAACGCCACGGUGGUGGCCACCAACACGUGCGGGAGCCCGCCCGAGGAGUACUGCGUGCAGACCGGGGUGACCGGGGUCACCAAGUCCUGCCACCUGUGCGACGCCGCGCAGCCGCACCUGCGGCACGGCGCCGCCUUCCUCACCGACUACAACAACCAGGCCGACACCACCUGGUGGCAGAGCCAGACCAUGCUGGCCGGCGUGCAGUACCCCAGCGCCAUCAACCUCACGCUGCACCUCGGCAAAGCCUUCGACAUCACCUAUGUGCGCCUCAAGUUUCACACCAGCCGCCCCGAGAGCUUCGCCAUCUACAAGCGUGCGCGGGAGGAUGGGCCCUGGGUGCCCUACCAGUACUACAGCGGCUCGUGCGAGAACACCUACGGCCGGGCCAGCCGAGGCUUCAUCCGCACGGGCGAGGACGAGCAGCAGGCGCUGUGUACCGACGAGUUCAGCGACAUCUCCCCACUCACUGGCGGCAACGUGGCCUUCUCCACGCUGGAAGGGCGGCCCAGCGCCUACAACUUCGACAACAGCCCUGUGCUGCAGGAGUGGGUGACAGCCACAGACAUCAGGGUCACCCUGAACCGGCUCAACACCUUCGGGGACGAGGUGUUCAGUGACCCCAAGGUCCUCAAGUCCUACUACUAUGCCAUCUCCGACUUCGCCGUGGGCGGCAGGUGUAAGUGUAACGGCCAUGCCAGCGAGUGUGUGAAGAACGAGCUGGGCCAGCUGGUGUGCAACUGCAAGCACAACACGCACGGCGUAGACUGUGAGAAGUGCCUGCCCUUCUUCAAUGACCGGCCCUGGAGGAGGGCCACAGCCGAGAGCGCCAGCGAGUGCCUGCCCUGUGACUGCAACGGGCGCUCUGAGGAAUGCUACUUCGACCCCGAGCUGUACCGCUCCACCGGCCACGGCGGCCACUGCGUCCGCUGCCGCGACCACACUGCUGGCGCCCACUGCGAGCGCUGCCGGGAGGACUUCUUCCGUCUGGGGAGCAGCGAGGCCUGCUCGCCGUGCCACUGCAGCCCGGUCGGUUCACUCAGCACACAGUGUGACAGCUAUGGUCGCUGCAGCUGCAAGCCAGGGGUGACAGGUGACAAGUGUGACCGCUGCCAGCCUGGCUUCCACUCGCUGACUGAGGCCGGAUGCAGGCCGUGCUCCUGCAACCCAGCUGGCAGCGCCGACGAGUGCAGCGUGGAGACGGGCAGAUGCGUGUGCAAGGAGAACGUCGAGGGCUUCAACUGUGAGAGGUGCAAGCCUGGCUUCUUCAACCUGGACCCCUCGCAGCCCGGUGGCUGCACGCCCUGCUUCUGCUACGGCCACUCAUCCGUCUGCACCAGCGCCCCCGGCUACAGCGUCCACACCGUGUCCUCCACCUUCCAUGCCGACGAAGACGGCUGGCGCGUGGAGCAGAGGGACGGCUCCGAGGCCUCUCUCGAGUGGUCGUCCGAGCGCCAGGACGUGGCUGUGAUCUCCGACAGCUACUUCCCAAGAUACUUCGUGGCACCAGCCAAGUUCUUGGGGAGCCAGCUGCUGAGCUACGGCCAGAAUCUGUCCUUCUCCUUCCGUGUGGACAGGCGGGACACCCGGCUCUCUGCGGAGGAUGUGGUGCUGGAGGGCGCUGGCGUGCGUGUGGCCGUGCCCUUGAUUGCACAGGGCAACGCCUACCCGAGCGAGACUGCCGUCAAGUAUGUCUUCAGGCUCCAUGAGGCAGUUGACUACCCCUGGCGGCCAGCUCUCAGCCCCUUUGAGUUCCAGAAGCUCCUCAAUAAUUUGACGGCCAUCAAGAUUCGGGGCACCUACAGUGAGAGGAGUGCAGGGUACCUGGAUGACGUCACCCUCGCCACUGCUCGCCCGGGACCCGGGGUCCCUGUCACCUGGGUGGAGUCCUGCACCUGCCCUGUGGGCUAUGGAGGGCAGUUCUGUGAGACAUGCCUUCCAGGCUACCGACGAGAGACGCCGAGCCUCGGCCCGUACAGUCCCUGUGUGCCGUGUACCUGCAAUGGGCACAGCGAGACCUGCGACCCUGAGACAGGCGUCUGCGACUGCAGGGACAACACGGCUGGGCCCCACUGCGAGCGGUGCGGUGACGGCUACUACGGGGACUCCACCGCGGGCACCUCUGCCGACUGCCAGCCCUGCCCGUGUCCCGGAGGCUCCAGCUGCGCCAUGGUCCCCAAGACAAAGGAGGUGGUGUGCACCAACUGCCCCACGGGCACCACUGGUAAGAGGUGUGAGCUCUGUGAUGACGGCUACUUCGGGGACCCUCUGGGGAGAAACGGCCCCGUGAGGCUGUGCCGGCCUUGCCAAUGCAGCGACAAUGUGGACCCCAACGCCGUGGGGAACUGCAACCGCUCCACGGGCGAGUGCCUCAAGUGCAUCUACAACACUGCUGGCUUCUACUGUGAUCGCUGCAGGGACGGCUUCUUCGGGAACCCCCUGGCCCCCAGCCCCGCCGACAAGUGCCGAGCAUGCAACUGCAACCCCUAUGGGACUGUGAGGCAGCAAGGUGGCUGCGACCCGGUGACCGGGCAGUGCGAGUGUCUGUCCCAUGUGGCCGGCCGUGACUGUGGGACCUGUGAGCCUGGCUUCUACAACCUACAGAGUGGGCGCGGCUGCCAGAGGUGCGACUGCCAUGCCUUGGGCUCCACCGACGGGCAGUGUGACAUCCGCACGGGGCAGUGUGAGUGCCAGCCAGGCGUCACUGGCCAGCGCUGCGAGCGUUGUGAGGUCAACCACUUCGGGUUCGGGCCUGAAGGUUGCAAACCCUGUGACUGCCACCCCGAGGGGUCCCUGUCGCUGCAGUGCAGGGAGAACGGGGGCUGCGAGUGCAGGCCGGGCUUCGUGGGCAGCCGCUGCGAUCAGUGUGAGGAGAACUACUUCUAUAACCGGUCCUGGCCCGGCUGCCAGGAGUGCCCGGCCUGCUACCGGCUGGUGAAGGACAAGGUGGCCGAGCACCGGGCCAGGCUGCAGGAAUUAGAGAGCCUUGUGGCCAGCCUGGGCACAGGGGACGAGGCGGUGACAGACCAGGCCUUUGAGGACCGGCUGAAGGAGGCCGAGCGAGAGGUCACGGACCUGCUGCGGGAGGCCCAGGACGUUAAAGACGUGGACCAGAACCUGCUGGGCCGGCUCCAGAGGGUGAACAGCACGCUGUCCAGCCAGAUCAGCCGUCUACAGAACAUCCGCAAGACCAUCGCAGAGACAGCAGGCCUGGCCGAGCAGGCCCGCGGCCGUGUGCAGAGCACUGAGCGCCUCAUAGAAAUCGCAUCCAGAGAGCUGGAGCGGGCCAAGGUGGCUGCGGCCAACGUGUCUAUUACACAGCCUCAGGCCACCGGGGACCCAAACAACAUGACGCUGCUGGCGGAAGAGGCCCGCAGACUCGCGGAACGCCAUAAGCAAGAAGCGGACGACAUCGCCCGCGUGGCCACCACGGCCAACGACACCUCCGCUGAGGCGUUUGCCCUGCUGCUGCGGACGCUGGCGGGAGAGAACCAGACAGCGUUGGAGAUCCAGGAGCUCAACCGGAAGUAUGAACAAGCAAGGAAUCUCUCCCGGGACCUGGAAGCACAGGCUGCCCGCGUGCACGAGGAGGCCAAGCGGGCAGGCGACAAGGCUGUGGAGAUCUAUGCCAGCGUGGCGCAGCUGAGCCCUGUGGACUCAGAGGCCCUGGAGAACGAGGCGCGCAGGAUACAGAAGGAAGCCGAGGACCUGGACCGGCUGCUGGACCAAAAGCUGCAGGACUACGAGGACCUGCGGGACGACAUGCGCGCCAAGGAGCUGGAGGUGCAGACGCUCCUGGAAAAGGGCAGGACAGAGCAGCAGACUGCAGACCAGCUCCUUGCCCGUGCCGAUGCUGCCAAGGCACUUGCCGAGGAGGCCGCCAAGCGGGGCCGCGACACUUUGCAGGAAGCCAACGACAUCCUCAACAACCUGAAUGACUUUGACAGGCGUGUGAACGACAACAAAACAGCCGCCGAGGAGGCGCUGCGCAGGGUCCCUGCCAUCAACCGGACCAUCGCUGAGGCCAACGAGAAGACACAGGGGGCACAGUUGGCACUGGGCAACGCCGCAGCAGACGCCACCGAGGCCAAGCACAGGGCCCACGAGGCCGAGAGGAUCGCCAGCGCCGUCCAGAAGAAUGCAACCAGCACCAAGGCAGAGGCCGAGCGGACGUUUGCGGAGGUCACUGACCUGGACCAGGAAGUGAGCGACAUGCUGAAGCAGUUGCAGGACGCAGAGCAGGAGCUGAAGCAGAAGCAGGAGGAUGCCGAGCAGGACAUGAUGAUGGCCGGGAUGGCAUCACAGGCCGCUCAGGAAGCCGAGAUCAACGCCAGGAAGGUCAAGAACUCGGCCACCAGCCUGCUGGGCAUCAUCAAUGACCUCCUGCAGCAGCUGGGGCAGUUAGACACAGUGGACCUGAACAAGCUCAACGAGAUCGAGGGCAGCCUGAACAGGGCCAAAGGGGAGCUGGAGGCCAGCGGGCUGCUGCGCAAGGUGUCCGACCUGGAGGACGAGGCCCGGAAGCAGGAGGCCGCCCUGCUGGGCUAUGACCGCGACAUCGAGGAGGUGCUGCGGGACAUCCGUAACCUGGAGGACAUCAGGCGCAGCCUGCCGUCCGGCUGCUUCAACACGCCGUCCAUCGAGAAGCCCUAACGCCGCCCGCCGCCCCUCCCCGCACAGGCAGCCUCGUCCCGGUCCCCCGCCUGUCUAUGAAGGAAAAGCUGGGCCCGGAGUCUGGGGAGAGGGCCGUGGGGGCAUCUGGCCAGCUGCUGGGAGGGUGGACAGCUCACGGGGGACUGCUGACCCCAGCCCUCCGUGAGCAGCUGGCACGCUGUAACCACUGCGGUUGUCCUCCACGUCCAGCAAGGGCUGAUGGCGACUGGCCGGCUGGGCCAGGACUCGGGCAGAGGGACAGCGGCCAGCGAGACCUCAGCCCAGUAACAGGCCAGGAGAGACGUGGCCACCGCCCAUCCUCAGAACAGCUGGCGCCCUCCCAUCGCCCUGGAAUCUCCUGGACUGGGGGCUGACUGCCAGGUGCCGUCGGCGGACCCUGGGGCCCUGCACUCCAUGGUGGCAUGGUGCCUCCCAGGCUCCCCACCAUGGGCUCCCCACUGGGCUGCCCGGCCUCGGUCCUGCCCCCGCCUCUCUGCCUUCACCACUAUGCAACUUCACCCCUUGCUCGUGGGGGGAGACGGUGACCUGACACACUGGUGCUAUUAAUUAUUACAAAUUUAUAUUUUUGUGUGAACGUUUGUUUUAUCAUGAUUAUAGAGUAAGGAAUUUAUGUGAAUAUCCCCAGCCAUUUCUAGAACGGGGCGUCUGCUGGCCACCUCGCUCCCCGUCCUCCCCCUCCCGGGAAUCUCCCGUCUGUCGGGUCCCUUGCCGCCCAGGCUUGGGGGGCCUGCUUCCUCCUCCACACUGGGGGGAAGGCCUUGGGCUCCACCGCACCGUCUGGGUCUUCCCAGGAAUGAGCCAACGGUGGGUCUGGAGCAGGUGCCCCAACAGCAGCACGGGGCUGGCAGGGAGGAGCGUGUGGCGGCAUCCUGCUCACCCCAGGCCCCAGCGCUGGCUGCCUGUGAGGGCCUGCAGGUCGCCCAUGCCCAUGGACCAGGCUGGCCAGGGAGGCACUGAGGGUGGGCCUCGCGGGGCCUGAGCCGGCUUUCCGUUUUGUUGUGCAUUUUUCUCUCCCUCCACCUGUGUGGUGUAUUUCACAGUCACUUGCAGGGCGGCCCCGAGAGAUGUGCCAGCCGCCACCUACGUGCCUUCACCUGAGCUGUCCGCCUUAAUCUGCCGUCUUGCUUUCCAGGGUGGUUAAUAAGAUGCAACACUUGGCAUUUUGUAUGUUUAAGAAACAGUAUUUUAUUUAUAAUAAAAUCUGAAUAUUU